GAUUUAUUUUGAAGGUGAACCGGAAGUAGUUGGAGCCGGCGGAACUGUGGUCUAAAUUGAACUCUGGAGCGGCCGCUUUUUUCUAUAUUAGUUUUUUGCAUUUUUAUAAAAUAUAUUGCAUAAAAACCCAAAUUAUAAAUAGUUUACGUCCUCGGCAUCAAGAUAAAUUGGUUUUAACUAAAUAAGAGCCUUUGUUUAGCCGGCCGCGUGCUCGCUCCGGGUUUGGGAAUGUGCACGCAGACCAGGGCCGCGGCUCUCAUGGCCAACAUCCCGGAGGCGGACAUCGACCCGUCCGGGGUGUUUAAGUACGUCCUGAUCAGGGUCCACAGCCGGGAGGAGGGCGACGACUCGGAGGUGGACAUAGUCCGCGGCUACGGCUGGGCCAGCUACCAUGCUGACAUCUAUGAUAAGGUCUCAGAGGAGUUGGAGAAGGGCGGAGUCCUGGACUGUGAGUGUCUCGGAGGAGGGAGAAUCAAACACGACCCCGAGGCUAAGAAGAUCCAUGUGUACGGAUACUCGCAGGGAUUUGGGAGGGCCAACCACGGCGUGGCCACAGAGAAGCUGAAGGCCCGCUUCCCGGGUUAUGAGGUGACCUGGGCCAAUGAAGGGUACUGAAGCCUCUGGAGAGCCACGCCUGCUGGAGGCCCGGACUGCAGACACAUCCUGGGACGAAGAGAAGAACAUCAGUCAUAUUUCUCAUCUGAGACUUGUGUGACACAGACUAACAAGAACUAAUGUCCAGAGACAAAAUCGUUCUUUAGGUUAACCAAACAAACUCCUGGAGUUUAACGAUGCGCUGUUUGUUUUCAGACCUGAUGGAACAGAUUUAGUUUAUGUAAUAAAUGUUUCCUAAAAUGGAAAAAUCCUAAACCGUGUUUCUUGAGUUCUAUGGAUUCGUGUCAUCUCAGGACAAUCCGACUAAUCAAAGUGAAAUCUGCUGAAGAACAGACGAAGAGGAAAAGAUGAAACUUCAGAUGCAGAAAUCUGUGGCAGAAAGGAAUUCUGUUUCAGUUUGGAUCUUACCUGAGAAGAUGGAGCAAUGAGGACAGUUCUGUGUGGACAUGGUGCUCUCACUUUCUGCUCUGUGAGGUCAGAGGUCACAGUAGUCUGAGUUACAUAUGCAGCAGCCUGUCAGAAAAUGACACUCCUGCCUCACAUGUUUUAGCAGGACCCCGUUGCUGUGAGGUGAACACUGUGCAGUCAUCCUUCUUUGCUAACCAUUGAUCAAACAUAGCUUAAUACUUUAACAUAGUGAUUAAAGGGGCUGAGCAGAAUUUGGAACGGCUCCAUUUAUGCACACAGAAAAACCAACUCUGGAUAAAGAUACUAGAAACUGGUUAGUAUCUGUGCAAGAUUUUAAACACAAAUCAGCUUCACAGAGGAACCACAUUUUAAAGUAUUACAACGUGUUUGUGUUGUAACUUGAAUCCAUUGUCGUGUCAAAUUUGAAUAAAUCCUUUCAAACUCAA